AUGCCGAAUCGGAAGGAAUACCGUCGAGUGCGCAUCACUCCGAGUAUUUCUGAUCUGGAUUGCGCAUUUCAGACGCUCAUGGACAUUCUCAGAAAGCCCAGUUUAGGUCACUAUGUGCGCCAUAUUGAAUAUAGACAGACUAAAUCGCGGUAUCGCCUGUACGACGUGAAGCCUUAUGAGCCGAAACCUGAUGAGGAGGAUAUGCGGCUGCUGCGAAGUGCCACGCGGAGGGCAGGAUUUACGGAAGCUCUACAAGAGCGCGUGCUCAAUAUGCUGCUGCGGAAAUCGGUGGUGGGGGAUCGUCUUUACGGCUUUUUUAGCUGGGAUGAGGUCAGUAAUACCCGUGCCCCCGCGACCUACGUCACGCAAGCGUUGACGGCCCUGCUCGUCUCGGUGUCACCCAAACUCGAGUCUAUGGCCAUGAUGCCGACUUUUUACAUCGACAUCAACGAGGAAGAGGACGAUUCAUUCGUGCCCUCCGAGUGUGACCUUGACCUGUUGCUCAGGGAGACAAACAAGGACUCGCUUGGCAAGCCGUACCUGGAAAACCUUCGCAGAGUGUAUAUGACCAAUCUGGGGGAUGACCACUUUGACGAUGGGGAGGUGUAUGUGGCCAUGGACUUCAUCGGAUGCUUGGCCAUGCUCCGCAACCUUCCGUCCCUUGAAUGGAUCAGGACUGAUGUUCUCGCGGAAGAUGACAACGUGAAGCCGUCACUCGAACCCAAAUCCUCGAAUGGGGUCGGCCAACAGUACACACGCGACAUUAACCCGAGAACGUUUAUUCUGAGCGUCCUGGAGCACAAAAGCACGCUGGAAAAAUUAGAUCUCGACGCCGAAGCGCAUAUAACAGACUUUAAUUUUCGUGAUCCAGGGGACUUCGAAUUUGACGGGGAAGAUGCACGAGCCGAGGCACAAGCCUAUUGGGCUGAACCACCGCCAGACUCAUUCUGGGACCAACGGGGGUCUCUCAAGGACUUUGAAGCCCUGAAACGGCUCAGUAUCGGAGUUAAUUUGCUGUUGUACUUUGCCGCGGGAGUGAACAACGAGGAUGAGAACAAGAGCGUAUCGUUGGUGAAGUAUCUGCCACCGAAUCUGGAGUACCUGUGCAUCAAGGGAUACGAGAAGGGCAGAAGGAAGCAUAAUGACGCUCAAAUAGAUGCUCUCAAGGCGCUGGUGGAGUCGGGUUCAACUUCGCUGAAGGAGAUAUAUGGCGUCGAUGAACUUAUACCCAACGCCGAGGACAUCGAGUUCCCAAACAAUUAUCCGGACCUAUUGUGGAAGCUCUCUAAUGGAUGGUCGGACGAGGAGGAAUACCGUCAUGAAGAAUGA